AUGAGUAGAAAUCCGCCCCGUCUUGAAAAAGUCAAUGGCCAAUUGCAGGCAGCAAAUCUUGAUGAUCGAAAAAUUUUAGAUCUUCUAAGAAACAAAGUUAAUGAAAUGAAAGAAAUGCUCAGAGAUCGAGAUAUAAAAAUAUCAAAUCUUCAGUCAAAUCUUGCAGAAAUUGCUAAGCUAUGAAAAUUGGGCGCAUGAUAUUUGCUCUGCACUUUUUUACAGUCAUAAACAUGCUCAGCGACUUUAUACCGAAAAUUUUAAUAAUCAAAGUAUUUCGAUCAAUUUUUGGCUGAAAAAAAAAUUCAUGUUACUAUGAAAAUUAGAAAGAGAUGAACUGAAUAAAUUAAGGAGUAUUGAAGAGCAAGCCAUUAUGUAUAAAAAUCAUAUAGGGUUGGUUGAAACGAAGAUGAAUGAAGAAAUACUGAAACGAGACAUGGAAAUUCAAAAACUGCAAGAAUUAAGGAUUCAAGGAUUUGAUGAAGAAAAAAAAGAAAUUGAAAUAGCAAACCUCCAAGCAAAAAUACAAGAAAAUAACGAAAUAAUUGAAAAAGCUAAAAUAAGCAAAAAUCAAAUAAAGCAGAAAGUGGAAGAAAAAGAGAAAGUUAUUAAGAAAUUGGAAGGAGAUAUAAUAAAUAGAAACUCUUAUAUUGAAGAACUGGAAAAGAAAAUUAAAAUAAUUGAAAGCGCUUCUGGUCAAGAAUCAAAUGAUUUCAGAAGGCUAAACAAAGAACUUAAAAAAUUAGCGCAUGAAAAUAGUGUGCUUAAGUCUUAACUUAACUUAUUAGGUUCUGUGUUUAACGCCAUUCACGGAGUAACCCCUCCCAGAGCAGCCCGCUGCUUCUUCGCCGCAUAGGGCCCGCCGACCGUCUGGGGCCAGUCAGCCUCGAUCUCCAGUACGCGCCUCCGGAGCAGUGUUGCCCGACUAAGGCGGCUCAUGCCUGAGCUACUUCGCUUGAGGACAUGGGUUGCCAUUCCGAAAAUCCAUAAAAAAUGGAUUUUCUGGUAGGCUUUCGGCAAAAAGGAAAAACACGAAGCCUGGGACGUAACGCCCAGUUUCACGCUAGGGAGUUGCCCGAUUGGUCCUAACGGACUUGGCUGAGCUUCCCCUUUCCAACUUGCGUGCCUCCUUUCCCAUGAGGAAAAAACAUUCCCGAAAGUAGACUUUGGGCUAGGCUCUGAGCACAACCAGAAUUGCUUACCUAGCAUUGCCGUCCGUUUCUGAAAUUCAAAACCUUGCCGGAUAUAAUUAAAAUAUGAGUCGAGUAUGCAUGGCCGGGAGGCCAUGCCCAGACGAAGAGCCAUAUUUUAAUUAUAGUGUGCUUAAGUCAGAAAAAGAGUAAAUAUAAUAUAGGAAGAUAGCAGAGGAGAAAUUUAGCCUACAAAAUGAGCUUCAAAGCGUAAAAGAAAUUCAAUCCAAAGCAAAACAUAGCUUACUAUCCCAGCUCUUUUUAUUAAUUAAAACUUCUAACUUCUAAUAAAAACUGUUUGUUUUAAUAAUAAUCUUUUUAUUUUAGGUAUAUAAGGUGAGCCAACAGUAGCAGCGGCUAAAAAAAUAAUGAAAUUAUUUUAAUUAUCCAUAUCAAAAAUUUUAAAAAUAUAUAUCGGGUAAUUAUAUUAUUUAUAAAAUAUUAAUUGAAUUUUUGAAUUAGAUUUUUUCUUUAUUAAAUCAAUCUAAGUUAGAAAACAAUGAAUAUAUGAUUGAAAAUGAGCAAUUAAAGUCUAAAAUAAAAGAGCUCCAAGACAAAAUAGAAGAGCACAUCUUUGAAAAAGAAAAAUCAGAGUGUAUCAGCAAAGAGAUACUAACUCCCCCCCCCCCCCCCCCCUCCGUGAGCGAACAAAACCAUUAGAAAAAUCGCCAUUUUUUGACCAAAAACCCACCCUCCGUGAGUGAACAAAAAUAUUUUUAAUAGAAAAAAUUUUAAUAGAAAAAAAUUUUGCUAUAUAAGUGAUAAUUAGUAUAAUGAAAUCUAGAGCUAAUUCUGUUUAAUUUUAAACAAAUUGCGUUUUAAAACAUAAAUUUUGCAAAUUAAAAUUAGUAUUUGCUUCCCAAAUUUUUGCAAAUUAGGAUUUUUUUUAAAUUUCGAAAAAAAUAUUGUUUAUAAAAUUUAUAUAUAAAUUUUUUUAAAAAAAAAAAAUUAACCCCCCUCCGUGAGUGAACAAAAUUUUUUUGUUCGCUCACGGAGGGGGGGGGGGAGUAAAGAAAACUGAAGCUCAGGAUACCCAAAUUUCAGAUUUAGAGUCAGAGAAUAGUAAAAUUACCGAAGAAAAUAUAAACCUCAACAAAUAUUUAGAUCAAGCAAAAUCAAAAUCUUUAGCUUUAGAGUCAGAAAACUUAAGGCUUUGCAGUGAGAUCUCUCAAUUAACUGAAAUUUCUAGCAAAUAUACCAAUGGCUGAAACUCUGAAUUAAAUAAAAUAAAAGACGAUUAUAAUGCAAUCAUAAAUGACUUAGAAGAAAAAGUGAAGUUUUACGAAAAAGUAAAUAAAGACCUUCAAGGUAACUAAUAAAUAGAAUCAUGCCAACAAUAUCAGGGCGAAGCACAAAGAUUCUGCUCAAAGCUAAAAAAUACUGAAGAAGCUCUUGAGCAAAGCGUGAGGAUAAAAGACUCAAUGAAAAAAUUCAAUAAUGCAAUUGACAUGAUAGAGCGAUCAAUUCUGUGCAUGAGCUGUUUGGAGCCUCUUUCAGAAGCCAAAAUUAUAAUCCCAUGUGGUCAUUUUUUGUGUAGAUUUUGCAAAAAAUCACAAUGUGUUGAAUGCUUGACUACGGUUGAAGCUACUAUUCCAACCAAUUUUUUCAUUCAACUUUGUGAAAGAGUUAACUAUUCAAAAACCCUCAUUUAUGAAUUAUCUGGCAUAACUCGCUAA